AUGAGCGACUAUAUCACGAAAGCUUGGACAUUUGUGACCAACCUAGAUACCUCAGAACUGGCCAUGAUGUUCUUACCUGUAGUCGUAUAUUGGGGAUACUCGUCAAUGUUCUUUGCUCUAGAGGCCCUUAAUAUGCCUUUCUUGGAGAAAUAUCGCAUCGAUACCUCAAAAAGAGCUCCUGUGAACCCGCCAUUGAAUAAGGUUUUGUUCCAGGUCUUUAGUCAGCACACAGUCCAAAUGGCCCUAGCCAUAGUUCUAGCAAUGAUCCUACGUGAUGACAAACCACGAGUUAUGGAAUCAUGGUAUAUCGUAAUAGCCAAGUUAGUCAUCGGGGCUAUCAUCCUCGACACAUAUCAAUACUGGAUGCAUCGAUACAUGCACACCAACAGAUACCUAUACCGUACCAUCCAUUCAGUACACCAUCAACUCACAGCUCCAUAUGCAUUUGGUGCUCUAUAUAACCACCCAGUAGAAGGCCUGUUAAUGGAUACCCUAGGAAGUGGAAUUGCGUCCGUUGUAACAAACAUGCAUCCGUGGACGUCGACCAUCUUCUUUACUUUGGCUACACUAAAGACUGUAGACGACCAUUGUGGAUAUGCCUUGCCGUGGGAUCCGCUACAACGCUUCUUUUCUAAUAAUGCUAAAUAUCAUGAUAUACAUCACUUCGGAAAGGGUAUCAAGUAUAACUUCUCGCAACCCUUCUUCAUAAACUGGGAUAAAUGGUGUGGCACUGACUACGAUGAUGCCAUGGCUCGUUUGGCAAAACGGGCUGAAGCGAGUAGUAAUAAUAAUGUAGUAGUGAAGAGUGCUGAGGGUAUCAAGGGUGAAAUCAUUGUUAGCAAGUUUGUUGCUCAACCAAAGGAGGAAUGA